AUGAUCAAGGACCUGACCGGCGGGGGCGACCACUACCAGGUGGUCAUCGUGCAUGAUUCCUUCGCCGGCAAGGGUCUGAUCGACCAGCACAAGAUGGUCUACGACGCGCUCAAGGAUGAGAUGGGAGACGAACGGAUCCACGCGCUCUCGUUGAAGACCUUCUCGCCCGAGCAAUGGGAGAAAUACGGCGCGUAG